GGUAGCUUACUUACUGAGGGCCUGGGUAGCUGAAAAAUCUUCCUAGGCCCCCUUGUACAAGAAAGAUAUUCCACUGGUCUCAAGAGAAUUUUUCCUUUUGCUUCCUUGAGUCUGAGAUGGAUAUGAUCUUGCCAAUUCCUGAGAUACUCUUGAGCUAUCUUGCUUAUCGUUUCUGGGCAAAGCCUUUAGCAUUUUAGUGGUGGUAAUGUCCUUAACAACUGCAGCUUUCUUGGCACCAGUUUUAUUCCCACCUUUCAAGUCCAGGUUUUUCAAGUCUUUCUGCUCCACUUUCUGCUAUUAUCACAGUAAAUUUGGCUAAAAGCCACCAGCAAUAUCCAUGCCACCACCUAAAUGUUAUGCAGCCUAGACAUUUCUUUUGCCAGAUUAAGAAGUCUGUGGCUUUUAAAAUCAGCCUCACAGAAAGUCUCAGGACACAGGUAAAAUGCAGACAACUUCUCAGCCAGAACAUAAUAUGAAGGGCCUCUAGUCCAUUUACCAACAGUGUCCUCCUUUUCCUCUUAAACUCUCUUGAGCCCUGUCUUCACUGACCACGGUCCUAUUAGCAUUCUAGUCUUCUGAGCUCCCACCAGAAUCAGCCAGUAAGCUUAAACAACCUAAAGCAUUUCCAGCUUGCGCUACUAAACAUCUCAAAUUCCUCCUACCAAUUCCAAAAAAGCUUAAAAAAAUUCUGAACCACAUGGUCAGGUUAGACACAGCAACGACCCCAUUCCUGGUACCAAUUUGUGUUUUAUUCAUUUUUCUUUUUUCUUUUUUUUUGCUGCUGUGACUAAAAUUGUAGAGGGUAAAAGUUUAUUUGAGAGCUCAUAGUUUCAGAGGUCUCAGUCCAUAGAAGGCCGUCCAUUUCUUAGGGCUUGAGGUGUGAUAGAACAUCAUGGCAGAAGAGUGUGGUGGAGGGAAGUGACUCGCAGGAUGAUCAGAAAGCAGAGAGCAGCUAUUACGGUUCUGACUAAAACAAUUCAAGCUUUGUCAUUUAUUUGCUCAGUCUUCCAAUGGGUGUGUUUCUCAUUGUGAAGUUUCCCCAGCAGCCCACUCAGCCCUAUGUGUCAGUCUGUCUCCUUCGUGCUUCUGGGAUGUCCCCAUCCUUGGCUGUCUGGCUCUUUUGCUCCAGCCCUCCCUUACGUUGCUUCCCUCUGCUGUGAUGGCUUCCUUCCAUAUAUUCAGGCUUAUCCCUCAUUCCUCAAGUUUUCUCAGGUGCCAUUUUGUUGAAUGAGUGAGUGGCAUGAGAGGUUUCUGGUACCAUUUGUAGUGUGUUGUAGGUGCUAAAUAAGUGAUAGCAAUUCCUUGACUCUCAAAAUAGCAUUGUGCAAGCUGGGCACUGUAUCCCUGCGGCCCAGGAGACUGAGACAGGAGGAUCGCGAGUUCAAAGCCAGCCUCCACAAUGGCAAGGGUCUUAGGAACUCAGUGAGACCCUGUCUCUAAAUAAAAUACAAAAUAGGGCUGGGGAUGUGGUUCAGUGGUUGAGUGCCCCAGAGUUCAAUCCCUGAUACAAAAAAACAAAAACAAACAAAAAAAAAACAUUGUGCAGAAGUAGCUAUUUAUUGUCCCUAUUAUUGUCCCUAUUUUAUAGUGGCAAAAACUGAGAGGUUAGCUAGCUCAAAACAGUGUUGAGCUUUCUUGAUUGUCAUCCAAGGGAAGGAAUGUAUUUCACAUUUCAGCCUAACACAGGGUUACUACAAAUUGCCAGUACAAAGCUGAGUCGAUACCUGUGACAUUAUAAGCUUCUUUUUCUUCUGACCUUUGUAAAAGAUGAGGUUUCUUUAUACAAAUAGUUGUGUGGUUCUUAAAGUGAGGCAGAAAAUUAAAAUGUCUGAAAAGGAAGGGAAGGUACCUGUCAAACAGUCACAAGUAGAAGAAUGGAGUUUUACCAUGACUAUGAAAUGACAGCAGCAUGGAGGGAAGGGAAAUCUGUACUCUGCCCCAGGACUGGUUUGUGGCCCAGCUGAAGUCAUCCAUCCUGGAAGCACAGCCUUACCUCUGAGUCAGCAUUGUGCCAAGGAGUGAAAGUAGGAGUGAGAAGUUGUGUGUGGCAACUCACAGGCUGCUCUCUGCUGGCACUACAGAACCUGGGCCUGGGUUGACCAGCCAAGGCUGGCCCCCUGGAGCCAGGAGAGAACCUGUAGAGGUGCUGGGGCUGAGUGUGGUUCAUCUGCAGAGUGCUCUCUCCAGAAUGAUGAGACUGUCACAAAGUUCUUAAUUACUUUGGAUCCAUUCUGGUAGUAAAAGUAAAUGUCAUGAGUGUGUGUGUGUGUGUGUGUGUGUGUGUGUGUGUGUGUGUGUUUAUACUUAUUUUAUUUUUGGUGGUGCUGGGGAUCAAGCCCAAAGCCUUGUGCAUGCUGAGCAGACACUCUGCCACUGAGCUAUAUCUCAGUCUCAUAACAAUAUCUCAAAGAGAAAAUGACAUUAUAAAACCAAAGAGAUGAAGUGUUAUGAAAUUCACAUGAAGACUCGUGGGGAGCCCAGCAUUGCCUCUGUAAGAAUGCCUCUGUCUACGUUGAGAGCACGAGAGAGUUAAUCUGGACCCUUUUCUUUGAUACUGAGUUAAGUACCUAUUUAUCCUGCAAUUCUUGAAAGUGAAGUGCAUUAGUUGAGUACUUAUUAUGUUUUAGAUGCUGGCUCCUGUCAUCUUUGCCACGUCCUUCAAGAGGAGGCAGCUUGACUCCUACUUCACACAAGGCAUCCAGCAGAUAUGCCUGAGGACAUUGGCUCACAGGGAGGAGCUGGCACCCAGAGCUCACACUCACCCACCACACUCAUCCACUUUUAGAUUUGAAGAGAAAUCCAGUGUGAAACCUCAGUUCAAAUCCCUUAAUUAAGUUCAGAAUCAGACUAAAGUUUUCUUUUUUCCUUUUAAGAUUUUUUUUUUUAGUUUAGAUGGACACAAUACCUUUAUCUUAUUUAUUUAUUUAUUUUUAUGUGGUGCUGAGGAUUGAACCCAGUGUAUCAUAAAUGUGAGGCAAGCGCUCAAUCACUGAGCCACAAUCCCAGCCCCAGGCUGAAGUUUUCUUGAUGGUACUGUUGAAAAUGCCAUUUGGUUAGAAUAGUAUUCAAGAGAUUUCAAAGUAAUUUGUGUUUUAAAAAAAAAAAAAAAAAGUUCCUAAUCUUUAAUGCUUCUAACCUUUGUUAAACACUUUGGUUUACUGCUAAUUAGCCAAGAUUUUUCUCUUUCCAAAUCGUUACCCUUUUAAAAGUCUGACAACACCUGUACUUUGCAACCCAUUGGUACUAUUCCCAUUAUAUACAAUAUACAAUAAUAAAAUUGAUUUAAAAUUAUAGACUUCAGAGGUUUUAGUCAUUCAUCCUUAUUCUCCAAAUUAAUGAAUAAAACCAAGCAUCAGCUGAAUGAGGAUCCUGAGUAAUAAACUUUAAUUUUCAAGUAUCACUUCCAUAUAUACCUACCAAGUUUUAGCAGUCUUUGUCUAAAGUAUAGUCUUGAGUUCCUAAAAUUCUCCAGUUGUAAUGAUUGAUGAUCUUUCUCGACCAGGAAACAGUGUUUUAUAUUUUUACUGUUAUUUAAGUAAAGUUAUUCAGAAAGCUUCUGUCAGCCCACUCUGCUGAACACUGGCGCCUGCGGAAAGACAGCUGGCUCUACCUGCCCUGGUAAGUCUUUGACCACAGUUUUGGAGAUAAUUCUACUUUCUGUUUUUCAGAGAAGCCCGAGCGAUGGAGGGGUUGCUGCACUACAUUAACCCAGCGCAUGCCAUCUCUUUGCUCAGCGCUCUCAACGAAGAGCGCCUCAAGGGGCAGCUGUGUGAUGUGCUCCUGAUUGUCGGAGACCAGAAGUUCCGAGCUCAUAAGAAUGUCUUGGCUGCCAGCAGUGAGUACUUUCAGAGUUUAUUCACAAAUAAGGAAAAUGAGUCGCAGACUGUCUUUCAGCUGGACUUCUGCGAACCAGACGCCUUUGACAAUGUGCUGAACUACAUCUAUUCCUCGUCCCUGUUUGUGGAAAAGAGCAGCCUUGCCGCUGUGCAGGAGCUGGGCUACAGCCUGGGGAUCUCCUUCCUGACCAACAUUGUCUCCAAAGCCCCACAGGCCCCCUUCCCAGCCUGUCCCACUAGAAAAAGAGUGUCCAUAGAGGAUGAAGAGACCAGUUCUCAAAAGAGAAGUGUCAUCGUGUGUCAGAGUAGAAGUGAAACACAAGGGAAAGCUGCUGGUCAGAAUCCACCUGAUCUGAGCCAUGCUUCCCGGCCCUCACCAAGUAUUGCAGCCAAGACCAGUACCAAUAAACCGGCUCCUAAGCCAACAGAACCACUUCACAAUCUGUCAUUAACUGAAAAGAGCUGGCCAAAAGAGAGUAAUGCGGGGUUUGCAAAGUCUCUUGAGCAUUCUGGGUCUUUGGAUGACCCCAAUAAAAGCACCUUGGUGAAGAGGAAUGCAGUGCUGCCCUCGAAGCCUCUGCAGGACAGAGACACCGUGGACGAUAAGCCAGGGGUGAGUGGUCAGCUUCCCAAGGGAAGAGCUAUAGAGCUGGCCUUGACAAGACCACGGCCGCCUGUUUUGUCUCUCCGCAGCUCAUCAGAGACUCCCUAUCUCUUAAAAGAAAGUAACAAAGGAAGUGGUCAAGGUGAAGAUAGGAACUUGUUGUACUACUCCAAGUUAGGCUUAGUAGUCCCGUCCAGUGGGUCUGGUUCUGGAAACCAAAGCAUUGACAGAAGUGGCCCACUUGUUAAGAGCCUCCUCAGACGGUCAUUGUCAAUGGAUAGCCAGGUUCCUGUCUACUCACCCUCCAUAGAUUUGAAAUCUUCCCAGGGAUCAUCUGCAGUGUCCAGUGAUGCACCAGGAAAUGUGUUUUGUGCUUUAUCGCAAAAAUCAUCUUUAAAAGAUUGUAGUGAAAAAACAACCCUGGAUGACAGGCCUCAAGUGCUACAACCACAUCGCCUCAGGUCCUUCAGUGCUUCUCAGUCCACUGACAGGGAGGGGGCCUCCCCGGUGACUGAGGUGCGCAUUAAGACUGAGCCCAGCAGCCCACUGUCAGACCCUUCAGACAUCAUCCGCGUUACAGUGGGAGAUGCAGCAGCAGCCACGAGAGACCUGCCUCUGAAAACAGAAGAUGACCAAAAGGACAUGAGCAGGCUUCCAGCAAAGAGGAGGUUCCAGGCAGACAGAAGGUCACCCUUCAAGAAGGCAAAGGCAGACGAGCAGGGGCCUCUUGCAUCAGAAGAUAACUGUGAGGACAGCACAAACCCUCCCCUGGACAGAGAUUUCCCAGAUUCUGACUUGAACAAAGAUGAAUUUGAGCAAGGCAACCACGAGCGCCUAUGCCGGAACGCCACCGUUUGCCCUUACUGCAGCCUCAGGUUCUUCUCGCCCGCGCUGAAGCAGGAGCAUGAGGACAGGUGUGAGUAUAAGAAGCUGACCUGCCUCGAGUGCAUGCGCACCUUCAAGUCCUCCUUCAGCAUCUGGCGGCACCAGGUGGAAGUGCACAACCAGAACAGCAUGGCCCCCACUGAGAAUGUCUCCCCGCCAGCUCUGGAGCACAAUGGUGAAGUAACAGCUGCUUCUAGGCCCCAGCCGGAGCCUAAUAAGGUAAAUCACAUCACUACACCAAAAGACGAUAAUGCGUUCAGUGACUCUUCAGAGCAAGUGAACUUUGACUCAGAGGAUUCCUCCUGUCUCCCUGAAGACCUUAGUCUUUCCAAACAACUGAAAAUCCAGGUCAAAGAGGAGCCUGUGGAGGAGGCUGAGGAGGAGGUGCCCGAGGCCAGCGCAGCCCCUAAGGAAGCAGGCCCCAGCAAGGAGGCCAGCGUGUGGCCCUGUGAGAAGUGUGGGAAGGUGUUCCCAGCCCACAAGCAGCUGGAGCGGCACCAGGAACUGCUGUGCUCAGUGAAGCCCUUUAUCUGCCACGUGUGCCACAAAGCCUUUCGCACCAAUUUCCGGCUCUGGAGUCACUUCCAGUCCCACAUGUCUCAGGCCACAGAAGAGAUGGCACAUAAAGAGGCAGAGGUAUGCCCCGUCCCCACAAACUCCCCCUCGCCACCGCCUCUGCCACCACCGCCACCCCUGCCUAAGAUCCAGCCUCUGGAACCUGACAGCCCCACUAGCCUGCCUGAAAACCCCACUCUGGCCACAGAGAAACUGUUUGCACCCCAGGAGUCGGACACUCUUUUCUACCAUGCCCCGCCCCUUUCAGCAAUCACAUUUAAAAGACAAUUUAUGUGUAAGCUCUGCCACAGGACAUUCAAAACAGCCUUCAGUCUCUGGAGUCACGAACAGACACACAAUUGAGAGACCCACACUUCCCCGAUAUGAAAUGGGAGGCCCCUCAAUUGUGAACUGUCCUAAGAAACAAAAUAUUUUUAAAAAAAUAAUAAUAAAGGUUGGAAAUUGUUAUGCUUGAAUUUAAGUUUGGGAUAAACUGACAUUAUUUAGAAAUGUCCUAACUCAACUUCAGAAAUAAACUCUAAAAUAUUGUGGUUCCAGACCUCACAGCAACAAUGGGGUUUGAUUUCGUUACUGUUGAAAUUGGAUUAAUCUUGAUGGAUUGCACAAUCCUCGUUCCAAGGUGUCAGUAUAAUCAUUUAAUUGAGGUUUUUGGUUUUUUACUGAUUUGUGAUUAGUGGAAUGCUGUCAGAGUAUUCCUUCUUCUGAUUAUUUUAGACACCUGAGUUCUAGUUAAAUUUUAGCCAUGUUCUUAAGGCCAAAAUGUAUCAGGAAGAAGUGGAGUUGUUGGCAGUAUUGGUUUAGAUCUUAGACACCUUAGCAAUAAAAAAUGAUAAACCUCAACUUUAACAAGUUAUCCUGGCACUUGAUAAAAACAAAUAUUUGGUAUUUUGUGGUCAUGUAAGAACUUUCUUUUUCUAUGAAAAUUGUGAGAAAUAUAAAUCAGCAAUAGUCACACUUAGAUUUUUACAGAAUAAUGAAAACUUGCUCUCUGCCACUUAGUAUAUCAAAUAACGGUCAUGCGCCAAGGAAGACACAGAAAUGAAAAUACAAUUUACAGGAGUCCACACUUUCCAGGAGCUUCAGCUGCAACAGGCGUGUCAUAGAGACCUCUGUAUCACAGUCUAAAUCAGACCUGUGUUGAAAGGACUGUGCAUGUUUGGUUUCCUCCAAUUUAUGUUGUCACAGAUUGAAAGUCUGAGUAUAAUUGGAACAAAAUGCAAAGCUGACAUGGUACUCAUUCUGAAUUCAACAUUAGUGUGACAGGUAGGUGGGGACAAGUGUGUAGACAGAUCCCACCACUAGGAACCAGUACAGCCACUCUACUAUGUUCUGAACCAUCACUUCCUUCUAGAGACCUCAGCAGAGGAGGAAGCCCCACCUUGUACUUCAGACGUACUUCCCAGGAACAAUGUGUAUGAUACACCUUUCUCCUGCCUCUCUGUCUCUUAUGAAAACUUCUGUUAGGAUGAGUUGGAGUUUAUAGUGGUUAAAAUAUCAGUAACAGAACCAUCUGCUCUAGGCCACUACUUAAUAAUCAAACAUAUGUGUCAAAGCACUUAUAAAGGGUCCAAAACUGAUUUUUUGCUCCUUAUUUUGGUAAUAGGGUUUGGGCUUUUGUUGUUGUUGUUCUUUUUUUAUUUUGUGACAGUUGUAAUUAAAAGCCUUUUAGUAAGUGUUAUCCAAAGUUCAUUCAGGUGUUUCAGAAGGGAAAAUUUUUAUUUCACUUUUAUGGGGAGGGUUACAUAUAUAAAAGAAAUAUUACUGAAACCACAAAAUCCUUUGUAGGUAGUGACACGGAUUAAGACUCCAAGUUUAUACCUUCUUUUAACCUAGGUAUUGUUUCAAAUUAGAAAAGUCAACUAUGAUGACUGAGAAAUAGUUUUCAAUUUGUGCUCUAAUAGAAGAGAACUCCACCUAUCAGUCUCAUCAUCAACAUUCCAUAUCAAUAGUGGGGGAGAUAUUCUUUUUAUUGAAACAGUCAUUUUUAUAAAUUACUAAUUGACUUUGUAUAUUAUAGAAAUUAUAUAUGAAAAUUUGCCUUUUAUCCUUUCACUUGAAAAAGCUAUUAAAAAAUCUCCAAAUAUUUUAGUAGUUAUUUCUAUUUUGUUUUCAAAUUUGAUGAAGAAAGGAAAAUAAAAUUAGGUUGCAGUUACUGAUUCUUGCCAUCUUUAUAUUUUCUUGAAGAAAUCUAUGCAUUUUACAGAUGAAACUAAAGCAUAUGACCUUUAAUGAAAGAGACAUCAUGGUGGAUUAUCGCAUAUGGAAUUCAUUCCCUGUUAAUGUGGUCAUUCUUACUCUGAGCACUAGCUGCCAAUUCAGAAGAAGACAAUUGCCUACAUGACUGUUGGCAUAUCUGUGAUAACUCCACAAUACAGAAUAAUCUUGGCAUUGCAGAUUCAGUGUCCCAGGACUUGAACCUUUAUGCUACAUUUUUGAAGAUUUUUUAAAUAAUACUGUUAAUCAGUAAAAAAAAUAUUUUUGAUCUCAAUAUAGGCUCUGCAUAUCUGUUAGAUUUUAAAAAUUAACCAGUGUUUUGUCUUGGUCACAUUUUUUUGUCUAGGCAAGAAGUAUAAGAUUUCAAAUAAAAAUUUGAACCAAAAAUCAUUUAUAAUGCAGUUCUGGAUUUUCUAUUACUUUUUAUAAUGUACCUUAAAAGCAUUAGGCUGAAAGAGUUUAUUUUGGUGGUCAGAAACAACAACAAAAAAAAUGCUUCCACUCAUGUAACUAUUUUGAAUGUUAAGAAGUAAAAUAAUGAAAGACAUAUUAAUCGAUUUAUUCAGUAAACAGUUUUUUAAAGAAUGUUUAUCUCAGCCAGUAGGCAAAUAUUUGGUGUAAUAAAUUGGUCUUUCAUCGUUGCAACUCCUUUAGAUGGUAAAGAUAUUCUUGUAAAUGUUUUUUCUGAUUGUAAUUAAUUUUUGAAAAUGUAGAAAACUCAUUUAUUCCUUGUAAGUAUUCAGGAUGCCUGCUUUUUUACAAAGUGUGGAAAGAAUGUAAAAUGUUUUAAUAUAUUCUUUGUUAAUCUGAGAACUUGUUAUUGAAUCCUUUUAUGUGAGGUAGGGAGGGAGUAACAUAAAAGUGUUUUUUAUCAGAGUAAGCAAUGGAGGUAACAAAUAUUGUGCAUUUUAUAGUAAUAUUUCAAGAUUAAUAGAAUAUUCAUGCUUAAGACUAGUUAGUAUGCAUUUAUAACUUUACCAAAAUGUUCAACUAGCAGUUCAGUAAUGGGUGUUUUUGGCAUUUGUGGGGAGAUGUAUGUGUUCCUGUUUCUGUUUGGAACGGGUCAUAUAGCCUUCUCUGUGUAAAAAUGUGUCCAACACUUAAUUGGUUAUCACCUAAAUCCACACAAAGCCCCUAUUGGUGCUAAUGAGAGUAGCAGCUCUGGGGCAAGAAUGGAAUGUGCCCUUCCCUGGAGUCCGGGGUGGCUGUGUCUCCUGCCUGGCUGAAUAGUCAGGGUGUGGAAGAGACAGAACAGACUUGAAGUUGGCCUUUGUUCCCUCAGAUUGGGUUCUUGGGUGCAUACACACCUGUGCAACUAUAAUUCAGAACUACAAAAAGAAAAAAAAUUAAUUUUCUUAUAUAUAAAUAAUUAGGUGUCACUCCUAACAGAUUUCUUGAUAAAUUUCAUUCAAUUAACUGUUGGAAUAUUACAAGUCAGUUUGUCAGUUUCUGAUAUCUCAUUGGUGUUUUUUUUUAAUAAACAUUGAUUUAAAUAAUGAUAAUACACAUUCUUAUAAUAAGUUCAAACACUGGCUACUAAGCUUUUUAAAGUUUUAGAAAUACAUUUUCCUCUUGUGGCUCUAAGCACUUUAAGAAGUUUGAUGUUUGCGUGAUUUCGAAUGGGCUCUUUCAGUGUUUACCAGGGAGUGCUGCAACCUAGGGCAUUUCCAUACGACAGGAGGAAACUCAGUGUUUAGAUUCUGGAGGAGAAAGAGUGAACAUCAGGUAUUUCAAAAAUUCCUUUCAGAGACAGGCUUUGGGGAACCAAAGCAUUUUACUGUAAAUCUUUACAAUAAUUGAAUCAGAAUUCUUUAGUCAUUGUUUGUACUAUCUGAACUUUCAUAGUUAUUCUUGGUUAAUACUAAUUCUCAAAAGGUGGAUAAUUUGUUACUGAAAAAUACAAAACUGUCUCACAGUUUGCAUUGAAUAUAUGCUUAUUGUUUAAGGAAAAAUGAAUGAGUGGUUUUGUAAUAUGUUUUUGUCGUUAGGCUUUGGAGUAAAUCACUUUUUUUAGGAAUAAGCUUUUUUUGGACUGAAAAUUCAUAGUAAAAUAGAAUAUCUAAUGUUAAUCCAUUGCUUACUUGUACCUAAUUCUAUUGUCUGUUCACUUUGCUUAAAUCUUAACUAAGAAUGAUUGGAGUCAAUAAAUUUGUACUGUAUUUUGCUUUGA